AUGACGCCUUUCCGGCGGAGCAGCAUGCCGCGCCACGGCGGCUGGGCCGUGAAGUGCCCGCCCGCUCCUGGCGCUGGAGCCGCGGGCUGCAGCGCGGAGUUCCAGAGAAGGUGCAGCGGCCGCAACAAGCGGCGGCGGCCAAGGGGACACCUCCCGCGGGGCCUUCUGCCCGCAGCCGGCAGCUCCGGCGAGGUACUUCGGGCCAGGUUGCGGACGGUGACGCGGCUCCGGCUCUCCAGGAGUAAGAAGACUGGAGGCAGCAAAGGCUACGCAUUUAUAGAGUUUGAGUGUGAUGAUGUGGCCAAGAUUGUUGCAGACACAAUGAACAACUACCUGUUUUCUGAAAGACUGCUCAAGUGUCAGUUCUUACCUCCUGAAAGGGUCCAUGAGGACCUCUUCAAAGGCUGUGACAAGAUAUUCCGGAAGCCUUCCCAGCCGGCGGUCCGGCGGUACAACAGAAUCCGCUCCCUGGUGGAGAAGGCCAGGAUGACACAGCGCCUGCUGCGGAAGGAGAGGCUCUUAAGGAAGAGGCUGGCUGAAAAGGGGCUCGAUUAUGACUUCCCAGGAUUUGCUACGCAGGCCCUUUGCAAAGAGAGGAAAAAAGUUAAAACAUCCAAGAAAUCAAAACUGAACGUUUCUUUGACCAGCCAGGAUCCUACUCCAGUCUGUACUCCUGCAGUGCUCGAGCGCCGGAAAGCUGCUCAGGUGGAUGAUGAUGCAGAGGAUGACGAAGUAACUCUCCGACUGCCCCCUACCAGUGUUAAGAACGCUGUGCAGAGGCCAAAGAAGCAGCCAAGGAAAACCGAACCUGAAUAUACAGAAAUAGACUUAAAAUUUUAGGGGCUAUAGCCAUGUUUUCCCUCAACUUAAAAACUGUUGAGGUGGACCUUCUAGUGGUUCUGCUGCCCUGGCUCUCUUCAUCCUGACUAGACUGUUUUAGUCUUUCCUAGGCAAGGACUGUUCACAAAUCCUCCCCCUCUGCUGUAGCCAUCAGAAGACCUAUGGCCUUCUCUGCCUUUGAAGAUUUUCUUGACUUUGUGCUCACAAGUGCCCAUGCUGUGACAUGGCUACAGUCGUGCCGGAACCUCCAGUUAAUUUUGUAACUUGACUCUACCGCUCACUGUUUGGAAAGAAAAUGUGAGGCUGUCCACUCAGAGCUUGCUGAGGAAAACAAAUGUAUCUUAGAUUUAUAAUUAAUGACAGGUUAUUAAAAAAAACCCCAUUUUUCAAC